AUGGCGGUGACCGCAGGGGUGCCUCCAGGGGUCCUGGUUACUCCCCCACCACCCCCACAUCUGAUAGAGCCGUUGCGCCGCUUCGUCUGUGAGGAGUGCGGGAAGGGCUUUCCGACCAGCACCCGCUACCACAAGCACUUGCGGCUGCACGCGACCGAGAAACUUUGCCUCUGCACGUUCCAGGGGUGCGGCAAGGCGUUCAAGCGGCAGGCACACCUGGCCAGGCACAUGCUGACCCACAGUGCCGCCAGGCCGUACGCCUGCGCCGUCCCUGGCUGCGACAAGUCGUUCGUCAGCCAGCAGAAGCUUACGAAGCACGCCCGCGUGCACGAGGGCCUCCAGUGCGAGGUCUGCGGCGCCCGCUUUCGGAAGAGGGCGCACCUCGACCGCCACCGACAGGCCCACGAGCUGGCGGCGGUGGCAGGGCGAGACGCCGACGGAGCUCCCCACCCGGCCGCGCAAGGGCGCGGCGCGCCGCCCGCCAGCGCAGAGGCCCCCGAACCAGCACCAGCAGGGGCGGCCGCUGAUGCGGCUCGCGGGCGGCAAGGCCCAGUCGGCGGGCUGCGGUGCCCCGAGUGUGGCGUGUGGGCGAGGGGCGCGUGGCAGCUGCACAGGCACAUGAAGAGACACCGGAAGUUCGAGUGCGACCGAUGUGGGCAGCAGUUCCUGCGCUCCACAGACUUGGCCGCCCACGUUCGCACGGUCCACCCGCAGAAGCCGCAGAAGCACGUGUGUGAGGAGUGCGGAAAGGCCUACACCCGUGAGUGGCACUUGCAGGAGCACGUGCGGCGCGUGCAUGCCGAGGCCAGCCACCAGUGCCCACACCCGGACUGCGGUCAGGUAUUUUCCUCCGCGUCCAACCUGCGGAUCCACCAGCGCGCAGUGCACCAAGGGUUGCGGCCCUUCUCGUGCCGGGACUGCGGGCGAGUCUUCGCUUACAGGCACGUGCUGAAUAGGCACCGCAGGCUGGUGCACCAGGACCUGAAGAGCCCGAGCCCAGCCCGCUCCGCCGUCGGCGCAGGGGCCCCUGCGGCGCCGGGAGCCGCUGGAGCUGGGGCCGAGCGGCCCGAGGCUGCGCCGGCCCCACAGCCGCCCGCACCGCUGCCGCCUGCCGCGCUCGCAGGCCGCGGCCGGGCGGCCAGAGGCGCGGGACUGCCAUCCGCGGGCGGCGAGUUUCCUCGCACGUCGCAGCGAGGCGCCAGGAAGAGACUGAGGCCGCCCGGCGCCAGCACUGCGGCAGCCACCCCACCGCAGUCUUCGCUGGCACCGGGGCGGGACGGCCAGAAGGUUUCCCGCCGGGCGUCGAGGGUCUGCUUGCCUGCGUUGCUGGCCCUGUGCGAGGACAUCCUGCAUCCAGCAAGCGAGAAGGACUAG